AUGGGCAGCUGCCUCUCUUCUUCGGGGUCGGCGGGCGACGACGCGGCCGUCUACGGCGACGAGAGGAGGGUCAGGAGGGUGUGGCCCAGCGACGACGACGGCGGCGAGUGGGACGUCGACAACAGGGCCGCCAUCUACAUCGCCAAGUUCCACCGCCACCAGUCCGGCGUCGUCUGCUCCGACUGCGCCGCCGACCAGCAGCAGCAGACACCGGCUGCCGCCCAGAGUGACGACUAG